ACCCUUCCAUUUAAACCCUCCUCUGUCUGUCUCUGCCUUCCUCUGCUUCCUCUCUUUUCCUUUGUCAUAACUCAUAACAUCUUUGAACUAUGGUCCUCCCAAUGGUACUUAUCAAGCUCAUGGAUUUAGUCUGGUACCAGCUGCUAGCAAAUUCAUGUCACAGAGCUGCAAGGAAAGUUAGAAACUAUGGCUUCCUUUUAGGCAACUCUUCUUCUCCCACCAAGCCAUCCCAACAACAACAACAACCCUUUUCAUUUCCCAGUGUAACCAAGUGUGUUUUGGAGGGUAGAGAUUGUGCCACAAUUGCAUGUGACAUUUUUGGAGCCCUUUUGAAAUCCCAAUCUGUCUUCCCUUACUUCAUGUUGGUUGCCUUUGAAGGUGGCAGCAUUGUCAGAGCCUUCCUCUUGCUUCUUUCAUGCCCCAUUUUGCUGGUUCUGGACUAUGAGCUCAAAUUAAGGGUCAUGAUUUUCAUCACCUUUUGUGGGCUUAGGAGAAAGGACAUGGAGAGUGUUGGCAGGGCUGUUUUGCCCAAGUUUUAUCUUGACAACCUCAACCUUCAGGCCUAUGAGGUUCUUGCUUCAACAGGGUCCAAGUUUGUGUUUACAAGUGUCCCUAGAGUCAUGGUUGAAGGAUUUCUCAAGGAGUAUUUGGAGGUUGAUGAUGUUAUAGGCACUGAGCUGCAAACUGUUGGGCAUUAUUUCACUGGCUUCUUAUCCAAGUCUGGUUUUCUUGUGAAGCACAGAGCUCUAAAAGAACACUUUGGAGACAAAAAACCAGAUAUUGGACUUGGAACUUCAAGCCUCCAUGAUCAUCUCUUUAUCUCCCUUUGCAAGGAAGCCUAUGUAGUGAACAAGGAAGACAGCAAGAGUGGUGCAAAUUCAAUGAUGCCAAGGCAAAAAUACCCAAAGCCAGUGAUAUUUCAUGAUGGAAGGCUAGCAUUCUUGCCUACACCAUCUGCAACUCUUGCCAUGUUCAUGUGGCUCCCUCUUGGAAUAAUCCUAGCCAUAUUCAGAAUCUCUGUAGGCAUCUUCCUCCCCUACAAAAUUGCCCUCUUUUUGGCCACUUUGACAGGUCUCAACCUAUCUGCAAAAGGGUGUGACAAUUCAACUUCUUCAAAACCAGAUCAAGAAAAAAGAGGGGUUCUCUAUGUUUGCACCCACAGGACUCUUUUGGAUCCAGUUUUCCUCAGCACAUCUCUGUGCAAGCCUUUGACUGCAGUCACAUACAGCCUGAGCAAAAUGUCUGAGAUCAUAGCCCCAAUUAAGACAGUGAGAUUAACAAGAGACCGAAAACAAGAUGGGGAAACCAUGCAGAAGCUGCUCAGUGAGGGAGACUUGGUGGUGUGCCCUGAAGGAACAACUUGCAGAGAGCCUUAUUUGCUGAGGUUCAGCUCACUGUUUGCAGAAAUGGCUGAUGAGAUUGUUCCUGUGGCCAUCAACACAAAUGUGACCAUGUUUUAUGGGACAACAGCUAGUGGCCUGAAAUGCUUGGACCCAAUUUUCUUCUUGAUGAACCCUAGGCCUGGAUAUUAUAUUGAGGUUCUUGGGAAGCUCCCAAAAGACCUAACUUGCGCAGGAGGUAAGUCCAGCAAUGAAGUGGCUAACUAUAUACAGAGGAAGCUGGCUGAUGCUUUGGGAUUUGAGUGCACCACCCUCACAAGGAAGGACAAGUACUUGAUGCUAGCUGGGAAUGAAGGAAUUGUUCAAGAUAAUAAGAGAAAGAAGCCUUAGUUUCCCAUCUUUGUUAUGAGAUUUCCAUCUAAGUGAUCUUUUUUUUUUUUUCUUCUUCUUCUUCUUAGAAUUCAUGGACUGAUUAUAUUUAAUUUCUUCUUUUGUUAAGGUGGCCAGGAAACCAUAUACAUGCUUUGUUAUUAUAUAUGGUAACUUUUUGUUAGAUACCA